AUUUUGGAUUUGUAGUUUUGUUUUGUUUUUAAAUUUUUCGACAAGGGCGAAGUGUCGACAACGGCGAAAUUCUAAUUUAGACUUGAACACGAAUGACAAACAAGAUCAUUUAAUUUAUAAUUUAACUUGUAAUUGUAGUUUAAUAGUUAAUUUAAUACAUAUUUUGUACAUUAAUACUUUAUCAUUAUGAUGACACCGUUUUCAUUAUUACGAAAGUUGACCCUUACCAAUUUGCGACGACCUUGUUGGGUGACAUCGUCAUCGGCUCCCCGUCGGGUUUACUCUUCUAGAAAUAUUUUAUCUUUGCGGAGUCGUGGCCUAAUUUCAUCCCUCUUCCCAGCCGAAGAAGAACAAAGGUUUAUCGAUUUUUGUAACACCAAACCGGUCACGAUUUAUGCCGGAUUCGACCCCACAGCAGAAAGUUUGCACGUCGGGAAUUUGGCUGUGAUAAUGAUGCUUUUGAAUUGUCAGAGAGGAGGACAUCACAUCAUUGCAUUGGUUGGCGGUGCCACUGGGCGAAUUGGUGACCCGUCUGGGCGCAAGACCGAACGUUCUGAAUUAGACGGAAAAACUGCAAAGAAAAACGUGGACAAGAUUGGGAAUAACUUGAGAAAAUUGUUUGAGAAUCAUGAAAAAUUGUUUUGGGACGAUAAACGAGGAAAGGAAGCGUUGUCCAAAGUGUUAAUUCUAGACAAUUUCGACUGGUACAGGAACAUGCCGGUUUUAGAAUUUGUUGGAAAAAUUGGGCGUCACUUCCGGCUUGGGACGAUGCUGAUGAAGGAAUCUGUAAAGUCACGUUUAUCAUCUGAAGAAGGAAUUUCUUUUACGGAAUUCACCUAUCAAAUUUUUCAAUCUUAUGACUGGCUGCAUUUGCUAAAACAUUAUGACUGCCAUGUCCAAGUUGGGGGACACGAUCAGAUGGGAAAUAUCUAUGCGGGACAUGAACUUAUCAGUAGGACGGUCAGAUCACCCGUUUAUGGAAUCACGGUCCCCUUAAUCACUGAGACUGAAUCGGGUGCAAAAUACGGGAAAACGGCAGGAAAUGCGAUUUGGUUGGACCCCGAAAAAACUGGACCUUUUGAUUUUUAUCAAUUCUUCUUAAGAACAAAGGAUGCAGAUGUGGGAAGGUUGCUCAAAAUAUUUACAUUUAACACUGACGAGGAAAUUGAAGGAUUAGCGAGGAAACACCAAAAAAAUCCUGAACUUAGGAUACCGCAAAAGGAGCUCGCAAAAAAUGUUACACUUCUAGUCCAUGGUGAAGAAGGCUUAUCUAUUGCCCUUAAAUCCACGGAAGCAUUAUAUUCCGAGAAUUUGGAAGCACUUUCGUCUCUUACGCCACAGGAGGUUCAGAAUCUGUUUAAUAGUGCGGUAUCGGCUGGGAGUAAAUCCUCAACAUCGUCAUUUUUGUCCGAACUAAUCCUAUCUCCCGGAACUACUCUGUUAGAAAUGGCAAUGAAGGCGAGAUGUUUCGAGAAUGAACGUGAUGCCCUAAGAAUAAUUAGUGCCGGAGGGUUUUAUCUUAAUCAUAGAAAGAUCUCAAACCCACAAGAAGUCGUAGUUCCUGGAGUGCACAUUUUACAGAACAAGAUUUCAUUGGCAAGAGUCGGCAAGAAAAAUUAUUAUGUCAUCAAGUGGACUAAUACGUGAACUUAUCAAAGUAGGUCAGUAGAUUGGAUUAUUUAUACUAAUUAUUAAAAUAGUUACAUACCUAGUUUGUAAUGUAUGUUUAAGACAAAUGACUGAGACUAAGAUAUUCCUGUAAAAUUUGUUUGCAAGGAACGAACGAACAAUGACAAGUGAUGAUGCUAAGCUAAUUCAAUUAAUGUUGUGGGUUAUCCAUAUAAUAUAAUUCAUCCGCAUAAUUUACGUAUUAAAAUUAAACAAAGUACCAUAGCUUUU